CUGCUGGUGGUGCCUGUGCUGCAGCGACGCCAUGGAAUGGAAUGGAGGAGGGGCCGAGGCAAGAAUUGCAAGAGAAAGAGAGAUUGGAUGGUGUGCGAUGGAGGGCGAUGGUGUGCAGCUUCACGUCUUCGGAGGAGGAAACGCCGGAGCCACAGCGAGUACUGUAGCAGCAGCAGCGUUGUACAGUGGGGAUGCGCCCCCACAAGCAGCAGCACCCACAAUGGUGCGAGAGCGGCACCGCGUGUUUGUGAAGUCGGGAGUGACCAGCGAGAUCACCGCCGAAGUGUUACACCGCCAUUUCUCCAACUUCGGCAAUGUGAUAGACGUGUACAUACCGCGAGUUCUGCCGCCGCAACUGCCCAAAGGGUUCGCCUACGUCUCCUUCGACUGCGAGGAAGCCGUGCAACGUGCGUUGGAGUUGGAGUCCCACGAGAUAGAAGGGAAGCAUGUGCCAGUAGGUAGAGCUGAGCCUCGACCAUCAGAACGAGGACUGUGGCACCGGGAUCAAGACAUUCACCGGCAGCAGCAGCAACAGCACCGAGGAUAUGAUCAGCCGUAUGUUCCGUGGGGGGCUGGUCUGGGGCCUAACCCCCUUGGGCCUCCAAUGCUCUGCCCUCCACCACCAAGUGUCCCUUCAGGACCUCCUGGACCUUCUGGUGCAGCUGCCGACGUCCAAGUCGAUCCUCCAUACAUUCCAGAAGCACCUCAUUAUCAUGCAGAAGUGGAGCCGUAUGGCUGGAUGGCCGGACCCCUACCACGUGCUUGUCCAGGGAAUGGGUUUCUGAAGAAGAACGCUUGUCGUAUCUUUGUGGGUGGUGUCCCCGAUGUGCUAUCCGAAGAAGAUCUGAAAGUGCACUUCGAGAAAUAUGGGAAAGUGGAGGAUGUGUACUUCCCGAAGGAGAAGGAGACCAGGAAACGGAGAGGGUUCUGCUACGUGCGCUUUGAUAAUCCAAAAGCAGCUGAUGCCGCAGCAGCCCGCAGUUCACGAACGAUCAGAGGCAACGAGAUCGGCGAGAUCAAGAUCGCGCAACCUCGCCCUGGAGAGGGUCCUCCCCCAGAAUACUAUCUGGACAGGGACGGAGGAUAUGGACCCGGAGGCAGCUAUUGUCCGCAGAGAAUGGGACCUCCCCACAACACAAGAUCAUUCGAAGGAAGGCCCAACGUGGCUAGGUUUCGUCCUUAUUGAGCCUGUUGCUGCCCUCCUCGUGCAGAGGAAGCCUCUGCCGAUCGGACCGACUUCCACGAGAUAUACGAGCAAGUGGGUUACAAAUUGGAGUACAAACAAAACAACUCAGCAAGUCUGCAACUCCCAAGAACUGUGUGGUUUUGGUAUACACUUCUCAUCUGUUUUGCUGGUGGUUUCACAUGUAUUAAGACUGCAAUACGAGUUUCACUUGCACGGGUGGAUUCCAUUUUUUUUUAGCACUGGAAAUAGAAUUUACAUGAUUUCACAGUUCCUCAAGAGACGGCGUUCACAAAUCACCGGCCCAAUAAGAAUUCCGUUUGGAAAUGACUUGCCUGAUCACAGACUGCACCAAUUCUGACCAAGCACUGCCCUUUCAACUUUCAAGUGUCAGGAAAUUAGGGCGUAGCAACGGUGCGCUGUGUUCUGGUUGCAUUAAAUGACACAAUUCUUUGAAGACCCAUGUUGGGAAGGAAGUCUUGGUGCAGAGAACACGCCGGUGGGUUACAGUGGUAGCAACUGCAUAAAGUGUUCUGUAUCGAUUUGUGUCAAUUGAGUCCCACCGUGGAAAACAGCCAGCUGAUCCGAAAACAAAUUUACUUGAGAUUGUGGCAAAUGCAGAUUGAUGAAGUAAGGUACAUUGCCAUGGCCUACAUCAGUGUCUACUUUGUAAGUCUGGCCUGUGAGAUUUGUGCCUCAGGUGGGGCACCCGCUUCUGUUCUGCAUCCUGCCCCUGCUCUCGGUGCUCAUCCCCUCUCCUUCGCUAUAUCUCGCUUGAGCUUACUCACUUACACUGGCACUGCCUCAUCCAUGGUCACAGUUGUGGACUUCGUAGUUCAGCUACAUAGUUUUGUUUUUUUCAUGCGAGUUUCUAUUCUUCUUCUUCUUUUGCCGUUGCCGUGAAAGAUGCUGAAGAAGCGAUUUUAGUUCCUGGGUUUCAAGCCAACGCUAUCAGAACAACGGCGGGAUGUGAUGGGAGUGGAGAUGUGAGCAAACUCGUUUCGGUGAAAAUUUGUUGAAGAUCACUUCGAAGCAAAAAUCAAACCUGCUUCAUCUAA